CAUUGUGGUAAAUAAAGGAAAUAUUUGAGAACCCUCCGAGUAUACAUGUAUGACGUAAAAUGGUCCGAUGUUUGACAGAUUAUUUGUGUGUUUACUUCAAAUCCUUGAAGCUUUAGCCGCUUAGACAGCAAUCGGAAAGGGUUUACAUCUUGUAGAGUAUAAUACAGUACACAAUGUUGGGGAUGGCAGCACUUUUAUAUUUACUGGCUGCUGUUGGUGGGAUAUUCCUCUACCUAUACUUACUUCAUCCUGUUGUGUUUAUACAUCUAUACUUCAAAAUCUCUGUGAUUUUGAGUGGCAUGAAGUUGAACUUCACAGAGAUUGAUGGACUGACAAUAUGUUAUGGAGAGAAGGGCAAGAGAAGGAGUGACAAGCCCAGCAUGAUCCUAAUACAUGGUUUUACAGCAUGUAAAUUUAUGUGGGCACCUUUAGUAAAGAAUCUGUCACAUGACUAUCAUGUGAUUGCAGUUGACCUGCCAGGUCACGGUGACAGUGACACGCCCUCAGAAGAUGAUGAUCUGUCUCACACUGAAACAGUGCAGAAAAUGAGAAAGUUACUGAGACAAUUAAAGUUUGAUGAGACACCCUUCCACCUAAUUGGUAUGUCAAUGGGCGGAGCUUUAGCUGGACUGUAUGCUGCCGAAUAUCCUGAACAAAUACAUUCCCUGACAUUGAUAUGUCCUGCUACCGGGCCAAAAGAAAAAACAAUUUUUGCAUUCAGUAAAAUUUACCACAACAGCUGGGUACCCUCACAGAUUCUACAUGGUGUUGCAGAAUUUAGAAAAAAGUAUUAUCCUUUCUAUGCCAGAUUGUUCAACAUGUUAACAGAGCCUGAUAAUCAUAAUUUAUUACGAGAUUGUGCUCACAGAAUAAAAGCUCCAACACAGAUUAUAUGGGGGGAACAAGACAAGGUAAUAGAUGCCUCUGGUGUUCAAGUGCUACAGAAUGAACUGCCUAACUGUGUUCAAGUUGAUCUGAUUCCCCGCUGCGGACAUUCUAUGACAACAGAUAGGCCGGGAGCCAUGACUAAAGCAAUUCUCACAUUCAAGCAGAAAUUACAGCACACAAGAUAAUGAUUUUCAAAAAACAGGAACCUGUGAUAAGAGACAAAUGAUAUGUGAUACUAUAAGAGAGAUCUCAUUGUUAUUGUUAAAAGGCCAUGUAUUGACCAUAGACAAUUUUCAGUCAAGACUUUGUGUUCUUGCAUGCUCUAUAGGUUGUCUGUUGGUUGCAAGCUUUUUUGUUGACAAUUACAGGAACAGAUGUAAGACCUGUUCAAGGGGUGUUCAUAAAAUUAUGAAAUCUGCUAUGUAAAUUAUUCUUUUCUUUUAAAAUUUUUAUUUAGAAAAAAACAAAACAAAAAAAACCGAGGAGUUUUUUUUUAUGAAAAUGGAAUGAUUUGUUCAUCCAGAUGAUUGUUUUUGAUACUUUAAUUUUGCAACCAUUUUUUUAUAACAAAUUAGAAAUGUCCCAGAUAAAUGAUUAUCUUUUUAUUGUCAUAUACUAUAUAGUAUUGCAUAAAGGCCAGUUUUUACAGUACAAUCUAGUCUUAUACUUGUAAUGAUUUUUUCCUCAUCUAUUUUGGAUGAAAACUCAGGAAUUUCUAUUCGAAUGACAUCUAAUUGUUCCUUAUAAAGACAUUUCUCCGAUUAAUUCUAGUUACCUUGUCUAUUGUGUUUUUUAAAGAAAAAUGCUAGUUUUAUUAAUAUUCUAAUGUGUCUUUGUGUCACAAAUUACAUUUAGAUAUGUAUUAUUUUCAAAUUAACACUAUUUGAAUCAAAUUUUCUCAUCUUGUUUUAAUUUGAAGUUGAGUUGAAAGUGAGGUCAUCUAAAAAGUUAUUUUGUAUUUAAUUGCUCUCAGGUCAUUUCUAUGUUUUUUUUACUACAUUUUACAACAUUUAACACUUAUGCUGAUGUCUAUACAGUCAGAAUGUAUUUUACAAGAGUUAGUAAUAUGGGAAUUAUUAUUUGUGUAAAACAUUUUACAUGGCUUGGUAAAGAUUUUUCUGCCAACUUGUAUCAACAGUUUGCUACAUUUUGUUAUAUCUCUAGUCAGCAUACCUUAUGUUUUUGUGUAAGUCUGACAUGUUUGUUGAUUAACUCUUAACCUGUCUACUUUGUGUAAUGGAUUUGCCCUGCCUUGAACAUGUGACAGUCCUUUUUGUUUUCGGACAGUCAACAUUUUAUGUAUUUCAAUACUAGUAUUGUUAGAAUUAGAUUGGACAGCCAACAGUAUAAAGCCUGUUCAGACUACAAGGAUGUGCAGGCUGGCCUGGCUCUAUACUGUUAUCAAAAGCUAAUCCCGUCAAGUUCCAAGAGGGCAAGGUUAAGUAAUUACGAAAGAGUUUGAUGUGCUAACUGUCAGAUUGUUAAUUUUUUUGUUGAUACCAGACUUAAAUAUGUUUUAAAGGGCAAAAAACAAGAAAAGUUAAUUUCAUGUCUUUCAAUAGACUUUUAAAAAAUUGACUGUUCCUCAUAAAAUUUUGAUUGCAUGUAAAAAAUACAAAAAGCUGUGAAUUCUUUAGUUCACCUGCACACAGAUUCUCUUUUUACAGAGGAACUAGAUAAUUUUGUUUUGUUUUGUUUCAUACAUUUUUAACAUAAAAUAAUUUUGACAUGCUUCAUAGAUUGUUUUUUCACUAUCAUUUUCACUUACUUUUUUAUACCAAUUAUUUGUAUAUAUGAAAUAAUUUUAAAGAAGAAAUGAUUUCCUGUUCAGCUUACAUAUUGCAUUUUUAAAAUUGACAAUGUUUUGUAAGUUUUGCCAUUUCUUGUCAGUUAAGUGUUUUAGUAAUAUACAGUUAACAAUGAUUCUCACUUUCGUAUUGAGGUUAAAGUACUAAGGUUGUAAAAUUCUAGAUAGGGAACUGUCCGCCUAGCUCAAUAGGUAGAGUGUUGGACUGUGAAUCAUGCGACCCGGGUUUGAUUCCCGGACAGUGCAGGUCACUUUCAUUAUGAUUGAUCAUGAAAUCUUUUCUACGGUCAUUCACACUAUACCUCUGCUGUGGUAUGUACAUAAGUUUCAUUUCCUUGCGAAAGUGUAGGAACUGAUACCAGUAAACUGCUUGACAGCCUGUGCAGGAACGAUUCAGUGGCUGAACUGACUGUUCUGGUAAAUUCAAUGUGGCUUACUGCCGUGAUCCGGAGUGAAAAAUAACAACACCACCACCAUUCUAGAUUCUAACCACUUCUGAUUGGUUGAAUUUUUAUACAGAUUGGUCAGUUUUCUGAUUGAAAGUCCUGUAUAUGUAUUUAAUAGCAGUUUUGAUAUUAUAUUUUUAUUGCCAAUGUAUUUCUAUGCCAGUAUUAUAUAUGUCUUGUAAUCGUUUGAUGUAAUUAAUAUUGUUGAAGUUUGUUGAAUCGUUGUUUUUUAUCUUUCACUUAUUUUUAGCCUUUUUUUUAAAUUUAAAAUGUAACGGUUUAAUUUUGUGAAAUGUGAUACUUUUAUAUUUCAUUUAAUUACUUGUAAAUUCAGAUGUUGUAUUUUUUUUUU